UUUGGGGGAGUUAUUUCUUAUUUUUAUGGGGUUUAUUUCUUAUUUUUGGGGGUUCAUUCCUAAUUUCUGGGGGGUUAUUCCUUACUUUUGGCUUCACUCCUAAUUUUUGGGGGGCUUUUUUUCCUAACCGCUCCUUAUUUUUGUGCACCUUAUUUCCCAUUUUUUCCAUCCUUAUUCCUUCUUUUCCGCCCUUUCCUCCCUCCACCUCUUCCCCAGCAGCCCCAUUCCCAUUCCCAACCCUCCUCUCCCUGUUUUUAAGCCCCUCAACCCCUUUUUCCUUCCCCUUUUUUUUCCCCCCAAUCCCUCCAAAAAUCCCAAUAAUUCGCUCAUCCAACCCCCCCAUUUUCCAACCUUUGGGAAUUCCCACCAAAACAGACAAUUAUCCUUUAAUUCCUUUGGAAUUAAACCACUUAUUUCUUCUUUUUUUUUCUUUAAAUUCCAGGGGUUUUCCCUCAAAUUCUCCACCAGGAAUUCCGUGGGAUCCUCGUCUUCCCGGAUGGCCCGGCCCGCCCGGCCCGGCCCGGCGUGAGCUCCGGCGCUGCCGCCCGCCAUGCGCCGGCGGCGCGGGAUUCGGCUCCGCGGCUCCCGCUCGACGCCCGCGCCCGUCCCGGUGCCCAUCCCGGCACCCAUCCCGGCCUCCGUGCCCACCCCAUCCUGGCCAUGAGCGGCCCCGUCCCCCUGGCCCCGCUCAGCUCCGCCGCCGCCGGACCAUGAGCUCCCACCGCCCCGCCCGGCACGACGGCGCCGAUGCCGAGGGGUCCCCGGCGGCCUUUUGGGCGCCCAAUGGGGCCGUGGCGGCGGGGCCGGGGGGCGACGCCCCGCGCGGGGCCGUGCCCAAAAUGGGGGUGCGCGCCCGCGUCGCCGAGUGGCCCCCCCGGAGAGGAGACACCACCAGCACCGCCAAGGAUUCCGGCGCCGGUGCCGGCCGGGACGCGCCGGCCAACCGGGACGGCGGCUUUCCCGGCGGGCAGCAGCCCUCGGCCGGAGUGCCCGGCCUCAAAGCCCUGCACCGCCUGGCGCGCCGGCGCUCCAAGGACGUGGAGUUCCAGGAGGGGUGGCCGCGCUCGCCGGCGCGGGGCCUGGCGCCGCUGCGGCACCGCAGCAGCAGCGAGGUGACCCUGAGCGAGUGCGACCCCGAGGAGCCGGCGGAGCCGCGCGGCGCCAAGCCGGGGGGCGCCUGCGGGCUGUUCCGCGAGUACGGCAGCACCUCGUCCAUCGACGCGCAGGGCCUCUCGGAGCAGAGCUUCUUCGACAUGCUCAACGAGUUCCGCACCGGCAGGCCGGAGCGGCGCGCCGGCACGCCCGAGCGCCUCGGCGACGCCGCCUCGGCACCGCCAGCGAAGGCGGAGGGUCGGAACGGGCCGCGCGAGGAGCCGCCGGCGCAGCCCAAGGACGGCAAGGCGCGGCGCCGCUGCCCCAAGGGCGACGAGUCCAUCUUCAGGAAGCUGCGCAGCGCCCGCAACGACGGCGACGGCAAGGAGCCGGAGGAGCCGCGGGCGCCGGCGGAGCCGCCGGGGAAGGGCUGGGUGUGCCGCAAGGGCUUCGCCCACUACGACGCCCAGAGCAUCCUGUUCGACCUCAACGCCGCCGCCCUGCAGCGCGCCGCCGGCACCCAGCGCCGCAACACCACCACCGGCGCCUCCGCCGCCUCCGCCGGCUCCGACCCCGCCUUCUCCAGCACCGAGGACCUCAACUCCAAGGAGAACCUGGAGCACGACGUGGGCGACAACACCAGCAACGAGCUGCUCCUCAGCUGCCCCCACUUCCGCAACGAGAUCGGCGGCGCCGGCGAGCGCGACCUCAGCUUCUCCAGGGCUGCCGGCGCUCCGGCCGUGCCGGGGGCCGAGGGGGCCUUCCCGGAGCCUUUCCACGCCGGCAGACCCACCAACGCUGGCAUCUCGGUGCUGGAGGUGCCCAAGGAGCUGCAGCGCAACCCCGAGCGCCUCAGGCACUACAGCGUGGAGCACGUGGACCUGGGCGCGCGCUACUACCGGGACCACUUCCACGGGAAAGAACAUUCCAACUACUUUGGCGUGGAUGACAAGCUGGGCCCGGUGGCCGUGAGCAUCCGGCGGGAGAAGCUGGAGGAGCACAAGGAGCACGGCCCGCAGUACCAGCACCGCCUCAUCUUCCGCACCAGCCAGCUGGUGACGCUCCGCGGAUCCAUCCUGGAGGACGCCACUCCCACCACCAGCAAGCCGGGCACGGUGCGGGGCCUCCCUCUGCGGGACACGCUGGAAUACGUCAUCCCCGAGCUCAACAUCCACUGCCUGCGCCUGGCCCUCAGCACCCCCAAAGUCACCGAGCAGCUGCUCAAGCUGGACGAGCAGGGGCUGUGCCGGCGGCACAAGGUGGGGAUCCUGUACUGCAAGGCCGGGCAGAGCUCGGAGGAGGAGAUGUACAACAACGAGGAGGCCGGGCCGGCCCUGGAGGAGUUCCUGGCGCUGCUGGGGGAGAAGGUGUCCCUCAAGUCCUUCAGCAAAUACGCGGCGCAGUUGGACACCAAGACCGAUUCCACGGGCACCCACUCGCUGUACACCACGUACCAGGACUACGAGAUCAUGUUCCACGUGUCCACCAUGCUGCCCUACACCCCCAACAACCGCCAGCAGCUGCUCCGGAAGAGGCACAUCGGCAACGACAUCGUCACCAUCAUCUUCCAGGAGCCCGGGGCGCUGCCCUUCACCCCCCAGAACAUCCGCUCCCACUUCCAGCACGUCUUCAUCAUCGUCAGGGCCCACCACCCCUGCACCGAGAACGUCUCCUACAGCGUGGCCGUCACCCGCUCCAAGGACGUGCCCCCCUUCGGGCCCCCCAUCCCGCCCGGCGUCACCUUCCGCAAGUCCGAGCAGUUCCGCGACUUCCUGCUGGCCAAGGCCAUCAACGCCGAGAACGCCGCCCACAAGUCCGACAAGUUCCGCACCAUGGCCACCCGCACGCGCCAGGAGUACCUGAAGGACCUGGCCGAGAACUACGUCACCAACACGCCCGUGGACUCGGCCGGCAAGUUCAACCUCAUCUCGCUGGCCUCCAAGAGGAAGGAGAAGGCCAAGGCGCGCGCCGGCGCCGAGCGGGAGAGCGCCGGGGCCGUGGCCUGGCGCGUGGCCGCCCGCGACUUCGCCCGCGGCGCCGACGUGCCCUGCGCCCUGGGCGUGUCCAACGAGUUCGUGGUGCUGCUGGACCUGGGCGCCAGGGAGGUGGUGUUCAACUGCUUCACCGGGGACGUCAUCGGCUGGAGCGCCGACGGGGCCCUGCUGCGCAUCUACCACGGCCGCGGAGACCACGUCAGCGUCAGGGCGGGAGAUGGAGGCGAGGAGGAGGUCAAGGAGAUCGUGCAGAGGCUCAGGGCCACGACGUCGGGCUGCGACACGGUGGACAUGACGCUGCGGCGCAACGGGCUGGGCCAGCUGGGCUUCCACGUGCAGCCCGACGGCACCGUGGCCGAGGUGGAGGACUACGGCUUCGCCUGGCAGGCCGGGCUGCGCCGCGGCAGCCGCCUGGUCGAGGUGUGCAAGGUGGCGGCCGUGGCGCUGAGCCACGAGCAGAUGAUCGACCUGCUGCGCACCUCCGUCACCGUCAGGGUGGUCAUCGUGCCCCCCCACGAGGACGGGGCACCCCGCAGGGGCUGGUCGGAGUCUCUGGCGCUGGGCUCGGGCGCGGCGGAGCCCAAGGCGGAGCCGGAGCCGUUCCCGGCGUUCCGGCCGCCGUUCCGCAGCAGCGCGGGCUGGCAGUGGAGCGGCCCCACCGCGCCCAAACGCGCCAAACCCCCGCCGGCACCGCACCGGGAGCCGCCCCACGGCAAGAGACCCCUGAGCUUCCCGGAGACCCCCCAGGCCGCCCCCGGCGCGCCGGGACAGCCCUACCGGCAACCUUCCGGAAGCUUCUCAGCCCCCGGCGGCGCCGGCACGGCCUACGCUCGCUACAAACCCUCCCGGAGAGGUGGGAAUGGUUUUCUUUGCCGGGGUAGGUACGGCGGGCGCUCGGCGUUCCCGGGGGAGCCGCACUCCGGACACUCCUCCGGACACUCCGGACACUCCUCCGGACACUCCGGACACUCCAGCCACGACGACUCCUCGUCCGGAGGAGGGAUCAGCAGCCACGAGGGCACCAUGGAGCGCCACAAACCGGAGCCCCUCUGGCACGUCCCGGCACAGUCGCGGCUGCCCGGCGGGAAACGGCCAGGCCGGCAGGAGCCCGGCGGGAAGGACUCGCCCAGCAGGCAUUCCAAGCCGGGGGAGCCGCCGUAUUCCAGCCAUUCCAGCACCAACACCCUGUCCAGCACCGCCUCCAGCGGCCACAGCGACGAGCGCUGGUCCGACCCGGCCGAUCCCGCGGGCUCCGACCCCGAUCCCGACCCCAAUCCCAGCCCCAAUCCCACCAAGGGCGGCUCCAGCGACAGCGGCAUCGACGCCCCCGCCAGAGCCGGCCCCCAGCGGGACGCCAAGAUUCCCAAAUCCAGCAGCGGCGGCGCCGCCGAUUCCAGGCGGGAUCCGUCCCCCCCCUCCGGGAAGAGCUGCCGGCAGAAAAGCGGGAAUUCCGCCGCCCCCGACGCCUUCAAGCCCAGUUCCAGCCCCCGGCCCCUCCUCCCCUCCUCGGCCGCCCCCCAACUUUCCGCUUCCGUCCCCAAAUCCUUCUUCUCCAAGACCCCCGGCAGGAGCAAAGCGGCGGCGGCGCCGGGAUGGAAACGGCCCGAGGAGCCCCCCGAGCCCAGAAAACAGGUGAAUGUCUUCGGCCAGCCCCGUCUCCGGGCCUCGCUCCGCGACCUCCGCUCCCCCCGGCGCGCCCCCAAAUCCAGCAUCGAGGACGACCUGAAGCGCCUCAUCCUCAUGGAUUCCUCGGCCCCCGAGCCGGAAACCCCCCCUCCCCUGCAGAGGACGCUGUCGGACGAGAGUCUGUGCGGGGGGCGCCGGGACCCCCCCGACCCCAAAUCCCGCAUCCCAACCCUGGAUCCCGAGGCGUUCCCGGGGGUUUAUCCCUCCAGCACCCUGCCCAGCCGCCGGCAGCACCCCCAGGACAGGAAGGCCCCUGGGGUGUCCCCAGAGCUGCCCCUGUGCCGGAUGGACCCCGGGCUGAUCCCCCUGCCCGACACGGCGGGGCUGGAAUGGGCCAGCCUGGUCAGCGCUGCCAAGGCCUACGAAGUGCAGAGAGCCGUGUCCCUGUUCCUCCUCACGGACCCCCGCUCACCUCCCAGCCCCCUGGACCUGCCAGAGGUUUCCCAGCUGGAGGCGAUGCUGAAACAGCUCCACAGUGACCUGGAAAAGGAGAAGCAGGACAAGGUGGUCCUGCAGGCCGAGGUGGCGAACCUGCGGCAGAACAACCGGCGGCUCCAGCAGGAAUCGACGUCGGCCGCGCGGCAGCUCCGGCGCUUCGCCAGGAUCUUCUCCGGGGCCGGGGCUGCUGAGGAGCCCUGAGAGGGACAGGAGGGUCUGGGGGGGCUCCACGACCACCCCCCCGGGGCUCAGAGACCCCCUGGGACAAAGAGACCUCCCUGGGACAGCGACAUCUCCUGUGGGAUCGUCCCCGUGGGAUCAGGAACAGCCGGAGCUU